AAUGUUACCUAUUUGAAGAAUAUACAUUGAGGAAAAUUAAUUAAACCGUGAAGAAACAUUUAAUUCAUUACAAAACCAAGCACAAAUAUCCUUAUUGGAACUCUUUUAAGGGUUUAUGCCUUUAAAAGAAGAUUAUGAAGAAAGAAGAAGAUGAGAUGAGGGCAGGACCAAGCCAUAGGGCCAGUGAGGAUUUAGAAGAUUCUGAUUUCAUUCUGAGCUCCCCACGGUCCAAUAAGGGAUCGAUGAGGGGAAUGUACGACGUAUGGAACACGUUACCAGAGGUGAUCAAGCAGGAUCCAUCAUACGAACCGUUUCGGCGCUAUGGUGCUCGCCUGGCCCUCGAGGAUUAUAGCCCCAGUGAUACUAGCAGCGCUAGCAAAAAAAGAAAAUCCCUUAAAUAUGGCGAGGAGUCAAGUUUGACUGUGCCUUCAAUUGUCAUCGACCCAGUGGCAGGCGACAGUCCAGGAUCCUCCCAACUAAAAGAUGAUUCUAGCAGAAAAACUGUUGUUAAGGAUGGCGAAUUCAUCGAAGAUUCAGGAAAAAAGCAAAGUUGCUGGAAUAGAUUCCAUAAUUCAAUCUACUUCCAUUAUUCCAAGAUGACCAUUCUGUGUAGUGUAUGGGUCUUUUGUUGUGGCGCACUAAUGGUGAUGAAGACUUACAAGGACAUAACCACCUACCACCAGAUCUCAAUCCCUGCACACGUCACUCGUGACUAUUGGCUGGAAUGUUCCCCUACAAUGAAAGAGAUCCGACUGGAACUGGAAGGAGCGAUCCUUCCGAUUUAUUAUCGCAACUUGACAGACAAGUUCUUGAGAGUGUGGAUGGAGAUGGUAACACCUAGAUCACGAGUUGAGACUAACAAAGUUGAAGAAGCAAACGUCAUGUAUCGUACAGAAAUAACAGACACAUGGUUAGUCUCAACUGUACUUGAAGAAGUAAUCGAUACUGCUCCUAAAGUUCGUAGAUCAAAAGUUUUGGCAUUACUUGAACCAAACGCCAGUUUUGAAAUGGUGAAUAACAGCAAAACGUGUCUAAGAUUCUCAACAAAUUUGGAUGCAAAUUUUGCUAUCGGAUUGAUUUACGACGCUUCACCUAUCAACAUUAACCAUGGCACUAUCUAUGCAAUUUUAAUUUUGGGUGGACUAUAUUUUUUCAUUAUAGCAGAGCUUAUUCAUCGAACUGUUGCAGCAAUGUUAGCUGCCUCUGUUGCAAUUGCUGCGCUUGCUCUUUGCGGAGAGCGGCCCAGUCACCAGGAGGUGGUGUCUUGGGUAGAUCUCGAGACCCUCACACUGCUCUUUGCCAUGAUGCUCUUUGUGGCAAUAUUCUCAGAAACUGGGAUUUUCGAUUACCUGGCUGUGGUUGCCUACAAACUCAGCUGUGACCUAACAACGAACUUCAAGUGUUUCAGAUUGCUGGGAGGCAGAACUUGGGUUCUCAUCAACCUCCUCUGUAUCAACAUAGUGUUAGUCUCUUCUUUCCUUGACAACGUCACAACAAUUCUACUGAUGACACCAGUUACUAUCAGGUUGUGUGAGGUGAUGAACCUAAACCCUAGACCAGUUCUGAUAGCUAUGAUGGUAUUCUCCAAUAUCGGAGGAGCCAUCACACCCAUUGGAGAUCCUCCCAAUGUCAUCAUAGCUUCAAACAAAGAUGUCAUAAGUGCGGGGGUGACGUUUUCUGUGUUUACUGUCAACAUGGGUAUCCCUCUAAUCAUCAUCAUGAUACUGGUCAAUUUGCAGUUGCGCUAUUUGUUCCGCAACAAGGAAGACCUCUAUGUCUCCCAACCGAGAGAUGUCCAGGGUAAUGAUAUAAAACACGAGAUAUUAAUCUGGCAGCGUGCUGCUGCCUCUCUUUCAUCUUACAGCAAGGAGGAAGACUUUGUACGUGAAUCCGUCAUGAAAAAGGUCCAGGAGCUUUUGAUGGAACUCAAAGGAAAGAUGUUAACUGGCAGCACUGUAAUGGACACUUACAAAGAAGAUAUAGAAGAAUUAUCAAGAAAGUUUCCGAUCCGAGACAAGCAGCUGUUGAUCAAGUCAACAUUCUGCCUUGUCUUUGUGUUUUUGAUGUUCCUGAUGCAGUCGGCACUGGAUCUGAACAUGUCCAUGGGCAGCAUUGCACUGCUUGGGGCUAUAUUGCUGUUGCUACUUGACAGAGACGACAUCGUAGACACUCUGGCCAGAGUGGAGUGGAGCACUCUCAUCUUCUUCACCUCUCUGUUCAUUCUAAUGGAGGGACUCUCGAAGUUGGGCCUGAUUGCCUUUAUUGGUAAUUGCACAGAAAGUGUUAUCGCAGGAGUAUCACCUCCUUACCGGCUUGCCUUUUCUAUCUUGAUGAUCCUGUGGGUGUCUGGCAUUGCUUCCUCCAUCCUGGACAACAUCCCAUUAACUACGAUGAUGGUGCGCAUUGUCGUCGGACUCAGCCAGAAGCAGGAGCUGGACCUGCCCCUGCAGCCUCUGGUGUGGGCCCUAGCCAUUGGCUCUUGCCUCGGAGGAAAUGGAACUCUGAUUGCCGCUUCCUCAAAUUUGGUGUGUGCCUGUGUAGCUGAAAGGCACGGCUAUGGUUUCACUUUUACGGCCUUUUCGAAGAUUGGUUUUCCUGUGAUGAUUUGGAGCAUGACGAUUGCCACAGUCUACCUCAUGAUUGUAUACGUUUGGCUGGGAUAAACUUUCAUUUAUACUUAAAAGUACACAUUUUUGGAGCAUUGAACAAAAUUGUUAAAAGAGCAAUUCUAGGACUGUGAUAAAACUUCAGCAUAAACAUUAUGGUAAUGUAAAAGAUACAGUUUUAAAUUUAAUUAUUGUUUUAUUAUAGCUGUUGUUAUCAAUGUUGAUUUUACAUAUUUUUAAUUAUGUUAAUAAUUAAAUUAAAAUAUACUUAUUUCAA